AAGACAAAUUAAGCCGGGGUGUAUUCUCGCUACCCGGUUCUUUUUAAGUGAAGGCUCGUUGCUGACUCACCAGAUGUCUUCAUGUGUUGAUGUGGAGUUAGCUCCUGUAUUUUGUUUUGCUUAACUCUAGUUAGUAGUGCUUCUGGGUUUAAGUCAACAUGACCGGCCGUAAGCGACCAUUGGGGACAUCGAUGAGCGACGGUCACGAAGACUUGAACACACCGAAGAAAAGAGUGUCAGCGGUCCGUCUGUCUCACUCGGACUUCUCACAAUGGGGAACGGAUGAAACGUGCCGUUAUCUCCGAGAUGAAGGUCUGGGACAGUGGGAAGCCCAAUUUAGAGACAAUAAGAUCACCGGUGACGUGCUGAAGCGUCUUAGGAGGAAAGACCUGGAGAAGAUGGGCAUUGAGCUUCUUGGUGACCGACUGCGGAUCUUACAAAGCCUGGGAAAGCUGUGGUGCAUAGAAGAGUCCCCGCAAACAAAUAAGGUCUUCAAUGAUCCCAUUCAUGGGCAUGUCGAGCUACACCCACUUCUUGUCAAAAUUAUUGACACGCCCCAGUUCCAGAGACUCCGAAAUAUCAAACAGUUAGGGGGGACCUACUUUGUUUUCCCUGGAGCAUCCCACAACCGGUUUGAGCACUCUAUCGGGGUUGGUUACUUGGCUGGACAACUUGUGAAAGCAUUGAAUGAGAAGCAACCUGAACUUCACAUUUCUCAACGAGACGUCUUGUGUGUGCAAAUAGCUGGGCUCUGUCAUGAUCUGGGACACGGGCCUUUUUCACACAUGUUUGAUGCCAAAUUCAUUCCUAAAGCACGUCCUGGUUUUUCCUGGAAGCACGAGAAAGCAUCAAUUGACAUGUUCGACUACCUGUUGGACAAAAAUAACCUGAAGCCUCUGAUGGAGGAUCAUGGCCUGGUGCUGCCUAAGGACAUCAACUUCAUCAAGGAGCUCAUUGUAGGACCUCUGACCACUAACGCAGGCCAGGACCAAGAGUGGCCUUUCACGGGACGUAAGAAGGACAAAUCCUUCCUUUAUGAAAUUGUAGCCAACAAGAGAAAUGGUAUUGAUGUGGACAAGUGGGACUAUUUUGCCAGGGACUGCUACCACCUGGGUAUCCAGAACAACUCAGACUAUCGUCGCUUCCUUAAAUUUGUGAGGGUGUGUGAGGAAGACGGACAGAAGCUCAUUUGCACUCGAGACAAGGAGGUGGGCAAUCUGUACGACAUGUUCCACACACGAAACUGCCUCCACAAGAGAGCCUACCAACACAGGGUGGGCAACAUCAUAGAGACCAUGAUCAAUGAGGCCUUUUUGAAGGCCGAUAAUCACAUCCAGAUCCAAGGCUCAGGUGGAAAGAUGUUCACGCUCUCAACAGCCAUAGAUGACAUGGAGGCCUACACCAAGCUGACAGAUUGCGUGUUUGAGCAAAUUCUCCACUCCUCCACCCCGGAGUUGGCUGAAGCACGGCAAAUUCUACAAAACAUUCUUCUGAGGCGUCUCUACAAGUUUGUCGGACAAACCCAGAGUGAAAUACCCUUGGAAAUUACUCAGGAAAUGAUUGCAAAAUGGGAGGAGGAGUUGCAGAGUUCAGUUCCUCAGACUGGCCCCUUGCUUGUCCCUCUCCAGACUGAAGACUUUAUAGUUAGCGUCAUUCAUUUGGACUACGGGAUGAAAAAGGACAACCCCAUUGAUAAUAUGCGUUUCUAUUGCAAGGCUGACCCCACCAAAACCAUUCAGAUAUCCAAGGAACAGGUGUCCAAACUUCUGCCUGAACACUUUGCUGAGCAACUGAUCAGAGUUUACUAUAAGAAGGCAGAUGUUGAGGGCCUAGACGCAGCCCGGAAGCACUUUGUGCAAUGGUGCAUCAAAAACAACUUCUCAAAACCUAAGGAUGGAGACAUAAUUGCACCUGAACUCACUUGCCUGAAAGAAAGCUGGUCCAGCAAAAAAAAGGAAAAGGACAACAAUGAUUUUUGCUGUAGAAACAACGCUGUGCCAAGGAACCUUUUUCCAUAGAACCACAGAGGUGUUGUGAUCAUGUGGAAGGCAAAUACUAUGUUUCUUUAUAGAGAAAAACCCCAAGUCUAAGUUUUACUUGAAGAAUCAAAGUUUUUUACACCCAAAAAAAAAAACAUUUUCCCAAAAAAUAAUUCAUGUCAUACACAGGUUUUUGGAUUUAUUUAUUUAUUUUGGAGAAGUUGGAGAUUAGCAUUGUUCUAUUUUGAUCCUUUUAAUCAAGGUUUUAUUUGGUUUAAUACUUCAAUGGCCAGUUAUGUUUUUGCAACAUUAACAAUAAUAAAUAGCUCAUUAAUAGUUAAAUUAGGCUGCAUGAACAAUACAGAAUUUAGUUUCCUCACCUUCCAGGCACAUAUUAUUUGUAUUCUGUAUAAAUGCAGAGUGGUGAUGGGUGCUAGGCUCCCAUGAUCAAAUAGCUCCUGGUAUUUGGUGGUGUGGUGGUGUAUUAUUAAUUUUUUUUUGCAUGCAUGCAUGCAUCACGCAGCUUUAUUUGAAUACCUUUUUUAAAAUUUUGUUUUGGUUAUAAUAGCCAUCUUACCUACAGUGUAUUUAUCAGUGCAUCUUAGCUUAAUAUAUUCAGUUUACAUUAAUAUUGUCAGAAUGUGCAAUCACAACACUCAUCAGGGCUGAUAGAUUUUGUUUGCUGGUUGUGUAAAAAAAUAUAUUUUAAAGAGAUGGAUCAUGCAAAACAAUGAUGGGAGUUACAGUCAGUUUGGUAUUAAAAAUGUUCACUCAAA